UUUUCUAUUUAUUUUGAGACUUGCUUAGAGAGAAAGCGAGAGAGGGAGAGAGAGAGAGAGAAAGAAAGAAAGAUGAGAGCAUACGAGGGCGCAGGCUGGCCUACGAGCGUGGCGGCGUUGCCGUACGGGGAAGACCUAGUAAUGGAUUUGUUUAUAUUUUUUGUAUUUGCCGAUGAUCCUCCCGUCGAUGGUCGUUUCGCUGGGCGGUACCAGUUGGAGUAUACAACAGCAACCACAACACCAACAGCUGCUGGUGGUGGACUCGGUCGCGCAGCAGCAGCAGCAGCAACGUCAGCAGCAACAGCAGAAUCAGAUCGUCGCGUCGAAUCAGGCGUCGUCGUCGUCGUCGUCGGGAGGUGAUCUGCAGCAGCAGCAACAGUGCCGCAAAAUGACUGACCAGCGAGAGCAGCAGCAGCAGCAGCAGCAGCCGCAGUCCCAGUUUCAACAGCAGCAGCAGCAACAGCAGAUCAAGGGCAAUGACGAGCCGAGAACGAAUCUGAUAAUCAAUUACCUUCCGCAAAACAUGAACGAGAAGGAGCUGUACAGCCUGUUCGUCACGAUUGGCCCGGUCGAAUCCUGUCGGGUCAUGAAGGACUACAAGACUGGUUACAGCUACGGCUUUGGCUUUGUGAACUAUGCGAAAGCCGAGGACGCGGCGACGGCGAUAAGCACGUUGAACGGGCUUCAGGUGCAAAAUAAACGUCUGAAGGUGUCGUUCGCUCGGCCUUCUGGAGAAGAAAUUAAGGAAACGAAUCUUUACGUUACGAAUUUACCGAGAAAUAUAACGGAAAGCCAGAUCGACGAACUUUUCAGUAAAUUUGGCAAUAUUGUGCAGAAGAAUAUAUUGAGGGAUAAACUGACCGGUUUACCGAGAGGGGUAGCGUUUGUUAGAUUCGAUAAGAGGGAAGAAGCCCAGGAGGCUAUCGCGCAACUUCACGGUACAAUACCGGAGGGUGGAUCAGAGCCGCUUAGCGUAAAAAUCGCGGAGGAACACGGAAAACAAAAGGCGGCGUAUUACGCAGGCUGGCAGGCGGGGUACAAUCAAAGCCGCGAUAAGAUGGCUGCAUCUAAAUCAGACCACCACGACUUAACGCACUAAGCACCUUUUGUAUACACAGAGAACCGAAAGGGUGUUUAUAUUCUGACACGUUACACAACACGACCACACACGUUAAAACGCGGAGAGAGAUCUCUCCGAGAGCCGAAUGACUGGAGACACGGUUUCCCGCGUUUCUUUAUACUCCUUUAUACGUCUUUGUUUUCUUUUUUUAUUUCUACUUUUUCGAAGUCGUGCGCAUGAUUCGAUAUUGAGAGAAAAGACUCUGCCUCGCUCGGGCGGUUCUCGGGCGAAAAUGGAAAAAAAAAAAGACAAAGACAACCGCUUAAAGGGCUCUUCGCCGUAUAUACGAUCGAGCGGGCAAGAAUGCAGUGCUUGUGAUAGAAGAGUCUUGUGUGUGAUCUGAUGACGAGAGGUACGCGUGGUACUAUUAUGUACACGAGACACACGGCUAGUCAGUCAGUCAGUGACACGCGGCGUUUGCGGUAUAUAAACACCUUACACACCGGGAGACACACCCCGUUGCCGCACGGAAAAAAAAAUAGGAAAAAGAGGGAAAAAUGCCGUUGAUAGAAACUUUCAGUUUGGAUGCUGGCUAACUGGACCUAUUACUUACGAUUCGCUAUCUUCUGUUUUUUUUUUUUUCUAGCUCUGCUGCUAUUGUUCGUUUUUUGCUUGAUACUUUGUUGUUAAGAGUACUACCGUUGCCCAUGUACAAUGUUAUAUCGAGCACACAGUAGCUUCGCGUUCGCCGAUAUUAAAUAUCAUGUUCCAUAUGGCUGAUGCUGUUUGUGCUUUAGCGCGACUAAGGCGUUGUUUAAGUUUCUGUACGAUACAAUUUUGUUAAACAUAUAUAUAUAAUAUAUUUUUUU